UACAUUGCCUCAUGUUGCACUCGAGAGACGUCCACUUUCCCAGUCCAUAAAUGUGUAAUAAACAAACUUUCGGUGGUAUGCACAUGUUACGUUUCAUAUCUCGACUUUGAUUCCAACACCAAAGAUUAGCAUGGCAAGUCGCUGGUGCAUUCAUUAAAUCAAAUGUUAUCGAAUAUUAUAUGCAAACAGCAAUGACGUGCGCAAAUUUUGCAAUAUUUAAAAUAAUAUAGUAUGGUAUUUAGAAUAUUCCAUGCACAAUACCGUUGAAAACGUUCAUUUUUAAAAUAGGCUACAAUUACUUUUAUAACAAAAUUUAUUUACAGGUGUUUAUAAUCAGACCCCUCGUUCGCUUUCGAGUUUCCAACUUGGUCUGGGUCUGACCUCUUUUGAAUUUUUUUAACUCGUUUGUUUUUAAUAAAUUAAAUUAAAUAGUUUUAGAUUCUUGCUAGGGAAUUAAGAAUUUAUGGUCAGUACACUUCUAAGGCUUAUCAUCAAAAUGACCGCCAUAAUCUUGUCGGGGAUAGCAUGUAAGAAGGGUAAACAACUAAAGAAUAAUUUUAAUAUAAAAUAGACUAGAUUGUAUUUGGGCUUGAAGUAAAAAUUAAAAGAUGACCAAUUGAGUAACACAUCUAACGGUACAGGCAAUAAGUGGGAAAUACUUAAAUAUAGGUACAAAAAUAUUAAAAAAUUGCGAAUAACAUUGCACCGUGCGACUUGCGUAGCAAGGUUCCCUCCGGGCUUUUGGUGCAAGAAACGGAAUGCAGAUCCCUUGCUUCGCACGCGAAGUAUAGAAAGAAGUACAAUUGAAAAUAAUAUAUUUACUUCCCACAGAGAAGCAGUAACGGGCGUGCAGCACAAAGAUUUCAGAUUUUCAGGUACUUAAAUCACAGAUAAAGACACCAUAAGUCUUCUUUAUCUAUGCUUAAAUUAGAGCUAUAGACUCCUAAAAUCUUUGUGCUGCACGCCCGUUACUGCUUCUCUGUGGGAAGUAAAUAUAUUAUUUUCAAUACUUCUAUGAGAAAAUGUCUUUGCAAACGAGAGAGGGAGGCGGAAGUUCCAUGCCAAAAUAACGAUGGGCCAGAACAACGAUAUCGCUAUCUCUCCAAUCAAAUUCCCGUCACUUAAUUUGUUAUGUAAUUUGAUAACAAUUUCGACUGACGUAGCCUUCCAUUUAUGCGCAUCUCUAAGGAAAUCGAAAUGAGGGCUUCAAGUCGCUGACAAAAAAUGAAGAAUGUAGUUCAUGCAGCAUGGGAAAACAAGUGUAACGGGAACUGUAGCUGCUCACCUUUGGCAUUGAUUGCUUUGAUAGCUAACUAGAUUUAAAAACAGACGAUCGCAAAUCGAGCUGAUCAACGGGCGAAGGUCACCAGGACGUCCGGGUAUCUGGAACCAUUGAUUAAUCUUUGAGGGAGUUUUCUUUUGUUUCCUAGAUUCAGCAACUGGAGCAUUUUCGUCCAGGUGACAUUGUUCACAACCCCACCCAACCCUCAAGCUUGUGACUGCUAGGCUGCCACACCCUGUCUGUCGACGACGGUCGACGAAAAAACGUGAUUAAAUUUUUCAAAUAUUUGGUCUUCCGCUGUGCGUGUACUUACACUAACACCAGUCACGUGCCUCUGAAAACCAGUAGUAUCGAUUAUCAAUAGUUCAAUUGUUUAUAAAUACGAUUAUAAUACAGACUGGCCCAAGCCCACUGGCAAAUAAGUCCUUUCACGUUUUCGCUCGACAGGGAACGUCGUUCGUGAAUCCUUACAGUGCACCCGUGAACAUCUCAAUAUACACUUUUACUUUCGCUCGCCAGGAAAGAACGGGGAAUUCUACCAGGUGUCCUCCGUUCAAGGCCUGUAACUAAAUUAAUUAUAAAUGACUUUUAGUUUUGGCAGGAUAUACCCGAAAACAUAACACAGAAUAGUGAUAACCCUGACAAGGCGUUGACGGAGAGAUCAAAAUGUGAAGCUCUUAGCAAGGUCAUUGCGAAAAAUUUGCAUAGCCCACAAGGAAGUUUAUUAUGUUUUAACUAUAAUUCGCCGUACGCUGUUGUCAUGUCACUUCAUUGGACAGAAAACCGUGCCAAUGUUUUAAAAAGAAACCAACCUAAAACAAGCUGAAGUAUUUGUUAGUUGGCUUUGCUGCUGGCAGGAGAACUGCCUGGUAUUUCCCACAUUAGUCGAAUUGUGAUCUUGUUCUUAUUUUUCACGUUCAUCGGGGAAACUAUCUGUUACCAUGCAGAUUAUUACGCUGCUCUUGUUUUGUUUGGGUGCCAAAGCAUUCGUCCAAAUUCCGGCACCCUACAAUAAUUUCGGGUGGUUCGUUGACAAUAAUAAUGCGUAUGCCGGAUUCUAUCCGGGAGGAGUGUCCCCCCACUCUAUGGCCACUCCUUUUCUUGCCUACCCCAACGCUUAUCCAUACCUUAACUACCCGUACACCCUUCCAUAUUACACUUAUCGAUACGCCAAUCAACAGGACGUUCCUUUCGUACCCAAUGUCGUCAAGACAGUCGAGACUUCCGGAAAGCCACAGCCUAGCCCUCCUAAAGUUGAGCAACCAAAAUUGGCGGAUGCUGACGAACCUUUCUCUGCUCCGUCACCUUCCCGCCUGGGCAAAUUCAAAACGGCGGCUGUCAGCUCGGAUGGCAUUCCUUGCUCACAAAUUGGGCGUGAUGUAUUGGUGGAUGGAGGAAACGCAGUCGACGCCGCUAUCGCCACGGUCUUUUGCAUCGGAGCAGUUAAUCCGCAGAGCGCCGGAAUCGGCGGAGGAUUCCACAUGACUAUCUACGAUCCAGUUGGUCCAGUAGCUCAAAGCCUCGAUGCAAGAGAAGUGGCACCUAUUGCUGCUACCGAAGACAUGUUCAAAGGAAACGCUUCCAUCUCUCAAAGAGGUGGUUUGGCCGUGGCAGUACCGGGAGAGCUGGCCGGUUCUUGGGCCGCCCAUCAGAAGUACGGGAAAUUACCUUGGUCCCGUUUAGUCCUGCCGACUGCUGAAAUGGCCGAGAAAGGUAUUCCAGUCAACAGUCACCUUGCCAACUCGCUAAAAGAAUUCGAGAAAUUAAUUUUGGACGAGCCUUCGAUGCGUAUUUUCGUGAACGAAAAAACCGGCAAAGUGAAACAAUUAGGCGACAUUGUCAAGAAUCCACCAUUCGCUCAGACAUUGAGAACGAUCGCUAACGAAGGCGUUGGCGUCUUCUACAACGGAAUCCUAGGCGAUAAAGUAGUUGAGGACAUCCAGAAGAAAGGCGGAAUCAUAACCAAGGAGGACUUGAUGCAAUAUCGCCCCGAAUGGAAGGAACCCAUCAAAGUGGAAUUGAACAACAAUUUCACACUGUACUCUAUGCCUCCGCCCGGAUCAGGAAUUUUGACCGCUUUCAUCCUCAACAUUUUAGACGGGCACCUCGAAGGAGAGACAAAUGGAAAGGCAUCCCGCGAUCCGACGAAUUACCACCGGAUUGCGGAGGCUUUCAAACACGCCUACGCCCAUCGUACCAAAUUAGCCGAUCCUAAUUUCGUUCCGGAAGUGAAUGAGUUCACUAGAACUCUGAUGGCAGAUCCGGAAGCUCUGGCUGCUGAAACCUACGCAAAAAUCAACGAUUCGUUUACUUACAACGAUCCGGGAUUUUACGGGGCUGUUACCUACAAUCAGGAGGACCACGGCACUGCACACAUGUCCGUCCUUGAUGGCAACGGAAUGGCCGUUUCGGUGACUUCAACUGUCAACUUAAAGUUUGGCGCUGGAUGGAUCUCGGAGCAAACCGGAAUCCUGAUGAACGACGAAAUGGACGACUUCUCAUCACCCAACGUCAUCAACUACUUUGGAGUCCCACCCAGUCCGGCUAAUUUCAUCCGGCCGGGCAAACGGCCCAUGUCUUCCAUGACGCCCACCAUCAUCGUCAACUCGAGAACUGGACGGGUCCGUUCCGUCAUAGGAGCGGCUGGUGGCACUAAAAUCACCACAUCGACCGCCUAUGCAAUUAUCCGAAAUCUUUGGUUCGGCGAAACGAUCAAAGAGGCCAUUGACAGUCCGAGGAUGCACCACCAGCUGUUCCCGAUGAAAUUUCAAUACGAAAAGGGUUUCCCAUCGGACAUUGUCAACAACAUGACGACCAGAGGACACAGCGUAACCGAGUUCCCUGGGAACGGAGCCGUCGUUUGCGGCAUUACGGUGGAAGCGGAUGGAUUUAUUUACGCCAAUUCUGACUGGCGGAAAAGUGGCGAUGUCCAAGGCAUCGACCCAGUUGACUUGUAGAAGACCCCUCUCUUCUUCGAUUCAACAGUGUGGAAGAAACAUAUAAUGCCAAUCUUUUAACAAUUUCUCCUGUUUGCUCAAAUUCUUGAAUGUUAUUUGAUGGACUUAACUUGUAAUGUUUAGAGGGGGAAAUAUUAACGUCAUUUUACUUCGGCAA